UCUUUACGGUCCUUGAUUAUAUGGGUUUGUUCGUGUCGGAUGUCGUGUGCGAUUGCUGCUAGAGCGCCGCCUUGCGCAGAAAUUUUGUUGUGUAAAAUCAGUGUUACACCUCAGUGAAACGCGUUACUUGCUUGGUCAAGAAUAGAGUCGCUAGUUUCAAUUUAUUGUACUAUCAUCAAAAUGGAAACGGAAAUUGUACAAUCUGUUGCUGCAUUACCUAAUGUAAAUGCUUCAAAUAAAUUGAUCCCUAAUAAACGUCCCAUUUGUGUCAUUGUUCUUGGCAUGGCUGGUUCGGGUAAAACAACUUUUGUAAAGAAGUUAGCUCAAUAUCGCCAUGCAAAUGGCGCAUUACCCUACUUAAUUAAUUUAGAUCCUGCGUGCCACGAAACUCCUUAUCCAGUAAACGUUGAUAUCCGUGAUACGAUCAAAUAUAAGGAAGUUAUGAAACGCUACAAUCUAGGUCCAAAUGGAGGAAUAGUUACAGCUUUAAACUUGUUUUCCACUAAAUUUGGAAAAGUGAUUGAUCUGAUUCAAAAUGCACAGGAAACGCAUGAAUAUUGUAUAAUAGACACCCCAGGACAAAUAGAAGUAUUUACAUGGUCGGCAUCGGGCACAAUAAUUACUGAGGCGUUAGCUACUGCAUUUCCUACUGUUAUUGUAUACGUAAUGGAUAUCGUCCGUUCAACUAGUCCAACUACCUUUAUGUCUAACAUGUUAUAUGCGUGUUCUAUCUUGUACAAAGCACGUUUACCUUUCGUUAUUGCAAUGAACAAAAUCGACAUACAGGAACAUAAUUUCGCGAUGCAGUGGAUGCAAGAUUUUGAAGCGUUUCAAGAAUCGUUGGAAAACGAGACUGCUUAUAUAAGUAAUCUUACACGUACGAUGUCUUUGACACUCGACGAGUUUUACAAAAACUUAAAAUCGUGUGGAGUUUCGUCAAAGACGGGCAUAGGAUUUGAACAUUUGUUCAUGCUACUAAACGAAGCUGUCGAUGAAUAUGAAAGUGAUUAUAAACAAGAGUAUAAUAAAUUACGGGCAGAGCGGAUAAACAAUUCAGCAGAGCAUUUUACGCAACCACAAAACGGCGACAUGGGUGAAGAAGUGUCUUUUCGAAGCUAUAGCAAUGAGACAAAUCUAUGUAAUGAACCGGUUUACUUAAAACAUCCAGCAAAUGAAAGUUCCGAUGAUGAAGAUGGACAAGAAUGCGAAGGUUCAAUAAUAACUACGGGAGACGACGAAGCGGAAGAAAUAAACUUCAACAAUUAUAUUCAGCAGCGCCGUCGUCAACGAGCUGAAAAACACGAAAAACAAUUCAACAAAUAAUUGUAAAAAUUUAUGUGUAAUAAAUUUCAAUUCCCCGUGCAAAAAUC